AUGCCAUCAAUUUACCGUUCCCCAUACCCAGAUCUGGAUAUCAAAUCAGUUGAUUUGGUCUCCUAUCUGUUCUCCAAUCCUUUCAACACGCCCUUGGACCGGCCUAUAUACAUCAAUGCUGUCUCAGGAGAGCAAUAUACUCUCGGAGAUGUGAUGCAACGUACACGCUCUCUGUCCAACGGGCUUCGGCAAAGUAUAGGGGUAAAGCCCAACGACGUCGUGGCAUUAUUCAGUCCCAACACCAUCGACUACCCUGUGGUAUGCCAUGCAAUUGUAGGCUCCAGGGCUAUCGUUGCCCCGACCAGUGCGGCUUUGACAGCACUAGAGCUUAACGCUCAGCUCAAGACCAGCGGGGCCAGGUUCAUCAUCGUCCAUUCGUCUUUGUUGGAGACUGCUCAAACCGCAGCCAAGGGGACAUCUGUCGAGAAGAUUGUCUUGAUAGAUGACCAAACACCGGCCAAUGGCCAACCUACAUGCAAUCAUCUCGCUAGUACAUUUGCGCCCGGUGAUUUUCUCGCUAUCGAUCCAGCCGAGGCAGAUCGCCAACCCACAUUCAUCUGCUUUUCAUCUGGAACAUCAGGCGCAGCCAAGGGUGUCAUUACAACACACCAGAACAUCACCUCGAACCUCCAGCAAUGGCGCUACCAAAUGCUAGACUCCGGUCUUCCCGCCCAGCGACCAGCAAGACAAUCCGCCAUUGCAUUCCUACCAUUCAGCCAUAUCUACGGCUUGAAUCUGUUCAUGUGCCAGUGUUUGAUAUGGGGCACAACAGUGGUCAUCAUGCCCAAGUUUGACCUCGAUCUAUACCUCAGUUGCAUCCAGAAGUACCGACCAGACGAGUUGACAGUAGUGCCACCCAUUGCCCUGCUGUUGGUCAAAGACCCAAGGGUCUCCAACUACGAUCUAAGCAGCGUGCGCAAGAUCAUGUCUGCCGCCGCACCGCUUACAAUCGAAUUAUCGUCCGCCCUCGAAGCCAAGUUCGCGGAGAUUUCCAAGACAGAGGUAUUCUGCACCCAGUCAUGGGGUCUGACAGAGACCUCGCCAAUGGCGACAGCCGUCCCGAAUGACCGCAUGGAUAAGCGAAACACGGGCGUGGGCUGUAUUGUGCCGAACAUGCAGCUCCGCUUUGUGGAUCCCGAGACGAUGAAAGACGCAGCCGUCACAUCUGACGGGUCCACGGCACCCGCGGAGAUCUGGUGCCGGGGUCCGAACGUGGUGAUGGGCUACUACAACAACGACGAAGCGACGAAAGAAGCAUUCCACGUGGACGAGAAUGGGACGAGGUGGUUCCGCACGGGUGAUAUCGGCACUAUCGAUCGAGAUGGCUAUGUCAGUAUCCAGGAUCGCAUCAAGGAGAUGAUCAAGUACAAGGGGCUGCAGGUCAUCCCUAGCGAGUUGGAGGGAAAGCUGGUCGAUCACCCUGACGUGGAGGAUGCGGCCGUGACUGGAAUAUGGGUGGAUGACAGGGCCACUGAGCUACCGGUCGGCUUUGUGGUUUUGAGUCGCCAUGUUAAAGACAUGGAUCGGGAGACUGUCCUUGAUGGGAUACACGCGUGGUUGAAUGAGCGCAUUGCCAACCAUAAGCGUCUCCGUGGGGGGAUCUAUGUCUUGUCGCAAAUUCCCAAGUCGCCCAGUGGAAAGAUUCUGCGGAGACAGUUGAGGGAUUGGCUGAAGAUCCAAGGGCCUAAAGCUCGUCUGUGA